AUGGAUUCUUCUUUUGUUGUGGACUUGACAGGAUAUAUUGGAUCAUUUUAAAAUAUAAUGGAUUUAAAAAAAAAAAAGAAGAACAUAUUGAUUUUAAUUGUGUGGAACAAAUUGAGUUGUCGGUUCUGAUGGCUGAACAUAGCUGCUGUCUAAAAUAAGCAGCUACAUUCAAGUGCCUCAUUUCAAGUUGAUAAAUAAAAGCGGGGUUUUCUUGUCUCUCUCGAAAAAAACGGUUUAAUUAUUGACAAGAAAUAAAAGUAUAAAUAAAUAAAUAAUAGUGAAAAUAAAUAGAAAUUAAAAUGGACAUAUCUAGUCCAAUUGAUGAUAGAUUUUCUGAUGAUUCAUUUAAAAAUUUGAGUCAAGAAAAUAUUCGUAGACAUUCAUUUUUAAGGUUAAGCACAAAAACAACAGCACCAAGACGUAUAUCAUUGCAUCAAAGUGUAUUAACACGUAAUAAUUUAGAUGAUUCAUUUAAUCAAAAAGUUAAAAAUGAUUCAAUUGAAUAUGAUGGUUCAUUUACUGUAUAUACAUCUGAUCGUUUACAUAUGAAACCAUCAAAUGAUCCAUUUGAUGGUAACAAUUGGUCACUACAUGAAAUGAUGGAAGACAGUGCAUCAACUGGUAUUGUACUUAAAUCAAAUGAACCAUGGCGACAAACAGCAACAAAAUUAUACAAUGAAUUUCUUGAAAUUAUUCAAGCACAUUCAAAUCAAACUCAGGUUUUUGAGACAAUUGGUGAUUUUAUACAAAAUUGUAGUGAUACAUUACAAAUAAUGCGUGAAAUGCAAUCAAAAGUUGAUACAACAAAACGUUCAAAUGAAGAAUUAAGUCUUGAAAAUGAAAGAAAUACAUGGCGUUUAAUAUAUUGUCUAUAUCAAAAUCGUUUAGCAUCACAAAAUUAUCAAAAUCAAAUGGAUUGUGAUGAUGAUGAUGACAAUAAUAAUACACAUAUAUCUGAAAAAGAUGUUAUAAAUAAUCUCAUUAAAAAUGAAUCACAAAUACGUGAAUAUCAAUUAAUAAUUGAUUGGCUUGAACAAAAUGCACUUGAUCAAGCUGAAUCAUUACCAAAAAUUGAGCAUUAUACUGAUAAAACAGUUGCAUGGGAAAAUACAAUACAUCAAAUAAAUAAUAAAAAAACUGGUAUAUCAUUUGGUUCAUUGAGACAAAUAGUAGAAUCAUUAGAUCCAGAUGCACCAAUACGUGAAGGUAAACCACUUCAUGAUCUUGAUAAAGAAGAUGAUAAAAGAUUAGAAAAACGUAUGUUUAUUGAAGUUAGAUGUGGACGUUUACAACGUGCCCAAGAAUUAGCAAUACAUUGUGGACAACCAUGGAGAGCAGCAUGUUUACUUGGUUGGCAACCACAUCAUGAUCCAAAUUAUAAUAAUCCAUUAAAUGAUACUAAAUUACCAAUUGAAGGUAAUCCAAAUCGUGGAUUAUGGAAAUUAAAUGCUUGGCAUAUGUCUAAAGAUACAAGAAUUGGUAUAUAUUAUCGUAGUAUUUAUGCUAGUUUAUGUGGUAAUGUUGAACAAUUACUUGAUGUUGCAUGUUCAUGGCAAGAUGGUUUAUGGUCAUAUAUGAAAACACUUAUGGAUAUUGAAGUUGAAAAUGAAUUACGUGGUAUUAUGAGUAAAAAUUAUCCAAAUAUGACUGAUGAUUAUUGGAAAUCUAAAAAAUCACUUGUUGAUAUAUUUGAUAAUCUUCAAUCAUCAAAAAUUAAUGAAAUUAGAAAUCAAUCAAAUAAACCAGAACAUAUUAUACAAAAAUAUUUAAUACUUGAUGAUAUACAAAAACUUAUGGAACAAAUUAAUAUAUGGAUUGAUGAUAAAAUAUGUCAACCACAAUUUAUACGUUUUUUAGCACAUUUAAUAUUAUUUUUACGUCAAAUUGGAAAAAAUAUUAAUGAUAAAAUUGCUAAUAAAGUAUUAUUGACAUAUGUUAAUGAUGUAUUAAUUGAAAUUGGUGAUUCAAUAUUAAUUGCAUAUUAUACAUCACAAUUACCAAAAGAUGAACAAAUUAUUAUUUAUGCAUCGUAUCUUGAAAAUAUUAAAAAUUAUGAUAUGAGAAAAAAAUGUUUAGUUGCUGCUGAAGAAGCUAAUUUAAAUGUUGAAGCUAUAACAAAAUUAGUUGUUGAAAAUAUUAGAAAUAAAAAUAUUGUUAAUAGUUUUGAUAAUAAUGAAUUAUCAUGUAAAAUUAAUGAUGAUGAUAUUGAAAAAAUUGAAGCAUUAGAUUGGUUAACAUUUUACGAGGGUCAACGUGAUGAAGCACUUUGGCAAGCAAAUGCAUUGAUACGUUAUUUUUUGACUUGUGAAAAAGUUGAUGCUGCUCGUAGAGCAUUCAACAAGAUGCCAGCUGAUUCAAUUGAAGUAAUUAUGAUGGAACAUCCAUCAUUGGAAGAAACAAUGCCAAAUGUUUCAAUUGUCAAUGAGCCAGUUUACAAGGCAUCAGCAUCAAUAAGAGAAUACUUGUGUUAUAAAGCUUAUCUUGAUGCUCAAGAAGGCUUUCAAGAAUGGUUUUCACAUUUUCAUCAGGGUAAACCUGCACCACUUGAAUCCAUGUCUACUUAUCCAACAUUUACUGAAAAAGUUGCACAUGAUCAUAAAAAAGCUCAGUAUGCAGCUGAGUUGGAGAGAUGGAAAUGUACAAUGGAACAUCACACUAAGGCGGUUAAACAACUUUUAUACAACAUUCUUCUGUUUCCUGAUGGUGGAUGGUUAUCAGACUCAAACACUGAUCCAGUUAGUGAGGAUACACCUGAACAUAUUCUUCGUAAACAUCAGCUAGAUAAAUUACGUAGUCUUUGUAUUCCAAAAGUUGUACUUUUAUUACUCAAUGUAAUGUCUGAAAUGAAUGAACAUGAAAAUUGUGUUGAACUUGCUGAUACAAUUGCAUCAUCACAAUAUAAAUUAUACAAACAUUUUUCAACAGAACGUAUGCGUGAAGUUUAUCGUAAAAUAUCAGAAUCAUCAAUAAUACUUAUGGAUCAGAAAAAAGAUGCUUGGGGUUAUUCAAGAUAAAAAAAAACUUUACCUGAAAUUAUUAAUUAUAUAGUUUUUGUGUUAUUUUUUCUAAAUAAACAAACAUCAGAUUUUUACAAAACGAAUUUUCUCAUUUUUAUUGUCAACCACAUUGAGUUAAUAUAAAAUUCAAUACAUUGUUAAUAAUAAUUAAAUAAUAAACUCAUAUUUUGUUAUAAUUUGUCAUGAAAACAAUUAGUAAUAAUAAAAAUAAUAAAAUAACAACAAUUAUAUAUAUGAAAAAUGAUUAUUUCUUUUUUUUUUUUUAAAUAUCAAGUAAACAUAAAUCAUUUAAAUUUAUUUUUGUUUUUUAAUUGGGUUGACUUUAAAUCCGAUUUAAACUUACAUACUAACACUAUCAUUUUGUUUGAUUUUUUUUUUUUUUAAAUUCGACUAAUAGACUACGAAACAAUUUUUUUUUUUCGUUCGUUGUUUUACAUAUUAUUUAUGGUUUUUAAAUAUAUAUAGAUUUUUAUUUUUUUCAUUUUUCAUUACAACCAUUUUGAUGAUGAAACAAUGAUUCAAUCGACAAUUAUUGUACUUUAUUAUAUUAAUAAUGAAAUUGAAUAUUUAGAUGAUUAAAAUAUCAUCAACGUCCACAUUUAAAAACUGCAUUAAAUUCGUCAAUAAUAUUUCACAAAAUAAAUUAUAAAAUAUCAUUGUUAAAUAAUAAUAACAAAAAAAUUUCUAUAAUAUUUUUAAGACAUUAUUUAAACAAUCAAAAAAAAAAAUCUACAUCAAAUUAAUAUUGAAUUUUAUUUAUUUAUUCAACUGAAAAUUAAUUUUUUAUUGUUUUUUUUUUUCAAUUUAAUAAUUAUAGAUAAAUAUUAGUUUUUUUUUUUUUUUUUUUAAAUUUUUUAGUUGAACAAUCGUUGUGUUAUUCAACAAUUUUGUUUUUAAAUUUCUAAAAAUUUUUUUUUUUAUUUAUUUACUUGUUUUUUUCAUUUUUUUUUUUUGUUUUUUUUUUUUUCUAUUUGAACUAGAAGAUUUCAUCGUCACUGUAGAUAUGUAGUAAAAAAAAAAAAAAAAAUAAGAAAAUGUGAUAUGACAUUUGAUUUGAUAUUCAAAGAUUAAAAAGUUAUUGACGAAUGAUUCUGAUUUUUUUUUUAAACAGUCAUCAAUGAAUCACCCAAAAAAGUAAAUAUUACUCUCAAAUAUUUUUCACAUUUCUAAUGUUAAUAAUAAUUAGUUACACAUUAUUAAAUAAAAUAAUUUUUAUAGCAAAAGACGCAUUUUCUAUUGUCUAAUUUAUUAAUAAUUUUUUAAAUAUUUAUUAUUUUCAUUUGUUAAUUAAUUAUUGAUGAUAUAAUAAUAAAAACUAUUUUGAUAUUUUUUAUAUAUUUUAGACAAAUUAUAAUCACUUUGAAUAAUUAUCAUCAUAAAUAUAAUAAUAUUGAUAAAUAAAUUUUCUAAAUAUUUAUUAUUAUCAUUAUUUUAAUUAUUGUAUCUAUUAUUUAAUUGUUAAGUUCUAAUUUACAUUUGAUUUCAUUGAAAAUUAAUUUAGAUGAUAUAUUUUUUAAACGAAAAAAAAAUAAAAAAUGAUUGAAGUUUCUUAAAUUUAUUAUACAUCAGUUUAUCUUUGUUAGUGUUAAUUUUAAUUUUAUAUAUUUUUACAUAAUUGUUGCGUUUCAGUAAGUCAAGCUGAUGACGACAAAGUAUUCCAAUUAUUAUUUAUUAAUUAUUUUUAUAUAUCAUUAUUAUCAGAUGAUAAUUUAUUAUUGUCACAUUCACAGAAGUAGGAUUCCAUUUUCCCUUAAACUAUACAUUAUUUUAAUUAUUAUCGAAUCAAUUUGCUUACAAUUUGUGUGCAAUUAUUGUCACAUUAUUAAUUAUCGUCUUUUUUUUUUUUUUACAUUUCUAUUAUUUAUUUAUACAUUAAUAACGAAUUUUAUAUUUUUAUGAUAUUGUCAAUGUUAAGUCUAUUGCCAAAUCGUAGUGCUAUAUUAUUGUUAAGUUAUUAUCAUUAUUAUUUUUGAUAUUACACGACUAAAUAUCUUGACAAAAAAAUCUGAAAUAUCUACUAGUAAUUUCGAAAAAAAAAUUAAUUAUUUAGGACAAAUUAUAGAGGUAUUAUUUUAAUUAUUGAAAUGUAAUUUUAAUAAUUUAAUAAAUAGAAAAAAAAAGAAAAAAAUUACUAUAGAAAUUAUUAACCAGAAUAUUUUAUUUCGAAAUUAUUUAACAGAGAAAUUUUAGUUUCGAAAUUAUUCAACAGAGAAAUUUUAGUUUCGAAAAUUUAGUCGAUCAAGAUAUUUAGUCGUGAAAUAGUAUUAUUUAACAUAUUUUAUUUUCAUGCUCAAGAUGUAUCAAUAUUAAUUUGAUUAAUUUUUUAUUUUUUAAAUAAUUUUUUUUAGAAAUCUGUAUAUGCGUGAAAAUAAUUAUUUACUUGUUGACAACCCCCACCAGAACAAUAUGGAUGGAUCUAUUAAACAAUAAACUAAAAAGAAAUUAAUA